UGCCCCCUCAGGAUUUCGCCUAGCGCGGCUGUACAGAGCCGUGUCGCGGAAGUCAGAGUUGCUUUCUAGUGCCUUUUGUCUUAGUUCCUCCUGAUUUCCUGUUAUUAAGUUAAAUAAUGGUUGAUUAUUUCUGGUUGACUUGUAUGCGUGUUUAAGUCGUGCAAAGGAAUAUCUGGGCAGGGUAUAAAUCUUUUGGCAGUGUUUACCUCUAAAUAAGUUUGGCGCAGAAAGACAGACCCUUCUGUUGCUCUGGAUGUGGAGUUUAAAGGAAGCAAGAGUUUUCAGAAGCUUUCUCUUUUAGCUGUCUGAGUUCUUUGUGCUUUGAUGCGGAGAGAAGGGAGUAAAAGGAGACAAUUGAUCUGUUAUUAACUGUAGCCCUUUUGCAAGUGGUAAAGUCUGGAGGUCCAUCUUCAGGUUUGGGAAACUUGUCCUGGAUUUAUGGCAAAUCUGGCCAUGUUCUAAAAGCCACUGGAAUUAUAGAAACAUAAAGAAAUUGCAGUGAGCUGCAUCCUGUGAGUUUGUACCAGAUGAUGUGUCUGCUCCUUGCUUUAGGCUUACUGUAAAGUCAAAUGUGAAAAUUAUCUUAAAAGCAUCUCUUUAAUGCCUGGAAUUAACUUGACACUCAGUUAAUGUUUCUGUUGACACAGAGGAGUGAAAUGUAGGGGGGGGAAUGUAGGCUAACCUUGUUUUGAAGUUGAUUUUGACAUUUUGAGAUGGAAACAACUUUCUGUUCUUCGCCUGUCGAGUACAUUGUUCAGUAAAAAUGCUUGACAUUGUAAUUGUCCUGCAAAGUUAAACUUUGUAUUUAUUCUAUUUUAGAUGCAGGGGUGCUGAUCAAGUACUAAAUAUAGGUGUUUGUAUUGGAUAGGCAGAUGAGACCAUAGAAAUGUCUGGCUUGUAAUUAUUUGUGUGCUUGCCUGAGAACUCAGAGGUGAAAACCUAAAUAAUUUUUGCAAGCAGCCUUUAACUUCAUUAAUAAAAUGACCUCAUGCUUUCUGUUGUCCUUCUCUCUGACCCCUGUUGUCACCCCUUUUUUUAGGUAUUUGGGACAGACCCAAGUCUCUGUUUAGCUGUACUGUAAAUUUUUAUAAAUGGCAUUUUUUAACAGGCUUCUUAACACUGUUGUACUUGAUAUGCCAGCUAAGGCAGCUUGGUAUUAAUGGGAGAACUUUGAUAAUGACCUAUUAUAGGAAAAAAGGAUGAAAACACUGGUGUUCGGCCUCUGGUGCAAGCAGUGACAUUCUUCAGAUGCAAACUUAAGUAGGUUUAACCUGCUGUUCUGGAAUGGAAAUUUGUUUAUUAGCUGUAGUGAAAGAGCAGUGGGUUUGAGUGAUGUAAUACCUUUUUGUAACACCAUACCUUGCCUGUUGAGAUACUUAAAAAUAUAAAAGGCAUUGUACAGUACUAAAAUCCAGUGGCUCCAGUGGGAGAACGGAACCUCCUGCAACCCUGUCUCCAGAUAUUCUUUGUGUUGAAGUUUCUGACCUUUAGGCAACUCUCCAUCUUCAAUUUCUUUAUGGAAAAUAGAAAGUAAUGAGCACUGGAGGAUAAGAUCAGGCUUGCUGUACCUUUUUGAGCUGGCUGUGAAUAGUGCUAGGAUCAGGUACAAAUUAUUUGCUUUUUUCCUACAUGACUGAUAAAUACUUGCAUGAUUAAAAUUUAUAUUUUCCAAGUUACAGUUUUAGAUUUACGGCUGAAUUAAAAUGGCUUUGGCAUUUUAAAAACAUGUCAGCAGUGCCACAGCACAGGUAGAAAGACUAUUCUAAACUUAGCUUUAGUUUGCGUAAGCAGAAGUAGUUGUUUUUUUUUUUGCCUGCUAGUAAACAUUUAUAUUAGUUGAGGUAAAAUAGCUCUGAAGUCAUCACUUCUCUAACUUUCUUGAAAAUAUUACUCUUCCUUCUUGAUUUCUCAUUCUUCUAGUUGACAAGUGACAGUGAUUUUAUAGGUGAGACUUGAAGUCAAAACAUCCAAACCAGCUACUUAGUCUGUGUGACAAGUAGGAUGCUGACAACAUACAUUCAGUCUUACCUGAAGCUGAACUCCAAGCUUGCCUUAGCCAACACAGCCAAGAGCUUCAUCUGAUUUGGACUUUUAUGUCAGCAUAAUGGUUUACCAUGUUCUAUUAUUGGGGAUUCCUCAUUGCUGGUGAUGGGUGAGCCUGAAAAACUACAGCUUUACUUGCACAUCAUAGGCUCCUCUUUAGCCCAUUGUGCUGAAGCCAAGAGGUUCUGCCUGAUCAGGAGUCUCUGCUAGCAAUUUAAGUGAGCUGGAGAAUGGAAGGAGUUGAGUUUAAAGAAGAGUGGCAAGAUGAAGAUUUUCCAAGGCCCCUGCCGGAGGAUGAUCCUGUUGAGUCUGAUGCAUUGGCUGCAGCUGGAACAGAAAGUGAAGCUGAUACAGAGGGCGAUGGAACCAAAUUGAGGAAGAAACUAAUGGUUCCAGAUACUAGCUUGACUUUGGAUCCUGGUGGGGAAUCUGUUUUGUCUGAUGACUUGGAUGAGAGUGGAGAGAUUGAUUUGGAUAAUUUAGAUACUCCUUCAGAAAACAGCAAUGAAUUUGAAUGGGAAGACGAUCUUCCAAAACCAAAAACUACUGAUGUCAUCAGGAAGGGCUCACUGGCUGAGUACACUGCGGCAGAGGAGAAGGAUGACGGCCGCCGCUGGCGCAUGUUUCGGAUCGGAGAACAGGACCACAGGGUGGACAUGAAGGCAAUUGAACCAUACAAAAAAGUUAUCAGCCAUGGUGGUUAUUAUGGUGAUGGAUUAAAUGCCAUUGUUGUGUUUGCUGUUUGCUUCAUGCCUGAGAGCAGCCAGCCUAAUUACAGAUACCUAAUGGACAAUCUGUUUAAGUAUGUAAUUGGCACUUUAGAGCUGUUAGUAGCAGAGAACUAUAUGAUAGUUUACCUGAAUGGUGCAACAACACGGAGAAAAAUGCCAAGUUUAGGCUGGCUUAGGAAAUGUUACCAGCAAAUUGAUAGAAGGUUAAGGAAAAAUCUGAAAUCAUUAAUCAUAGUUCAUCCUUCCUGGUUCAUCAGAACUCUUCUGGCCAUCACAAAACCUUUUAUUAGCUCAAAAUUCAGCCAAAAAAUUAGGUAUGUCUUUACCCUGGCAGAACUAGCUGAACUCAUCCCCAUGGAAUACGUUGGCAUCCCAGAAUGCAUAAAACAGUAUGAAGAAGAAAAGUUUAGAAAGAAACAGAAAAGAGUUGACCAAGAGCUGAAUGGGAAACAAGAGCAGAAAAGUGAACAGUAAGUUUGGAGUCCAAACAAGACUGAAGAAUACACAGAUGGAACGAUGCUGUUUGUGCUCCAUUACAGUGCAUUCUCUGUGUGUAUGUAUUAUAUAAUCUGUUGCAAAAGGUGCUUUGGACUAGCACACAAUGAACUGCUUACUGCUGUAUUGGUUUGUCUUGACUUUAAUUGCUGUUUAUGUAAUCGUUUUAUAUUGCUAAAUGGCAAAGAACCCUAUGUUUUCAGAGGAUGUUCUUGCAGCUGUUUAUCUAAAUGAUGCAUGUUCUUCAGUAAAAUAUUUAUAUACCUAAAUGUUAAAGGAAAGAGAUAAUAUAUAUAUUUUUAUGACUGAGCAAUAUAUUGUGUGUACCUGCUGAAGGAAUUCAUUUGCAGGUAGACAAGGCCCUAAGUUACUUGUUGUUAUUGUAUAAAUUUGUUUUGCUGUAAAUGGUCGAGUGCAUUUCUGUUGUCAUGAAAACUUGUUUGGAUAUUAACAAUCACAUUAACUUGGCUUUCACAAAUACAGAGAUCCUUAUUUUUGUUCAUUUACCAUGCACAAGCUCACUCCUUUGCCUCACCAGAGUGAGCUUCACCUUUGAUGUCUUUCAGUCCAUAAUUCAGGCUGCAGAACUGCAGUUCUGUGGGUGACAGUUUGUUUAAGCCUAAGCCACAAAAGCUGAGCUGUCUGACUGGUAAGAUACCAGAACGUUUUCAGUUGAAGUUGUGAAUUUAGAUUCUGCUUCAGUAUGUCAAGAUUGUCUCAGCGAGCAGUAGGAAAUAAGUUCACUGCAGUUCUUUGUGGAUGAAUCUUGAUUGUUUCUGGUGGGAACUCUGGUCAUGCUCAGUAAAACUUGGGAGCUACACAGGUAUUCUAGCCACAAUACCAUUUUUUAGGCAGUAAUAUGAGAAGUCUUAUGCUACCUAUGUCAUUCUUGUAGAUUAAACAGCCAUUUCUAAAGCUGUUAGGCACUAAUUCAUCUUUUAAGAAGUGUUUUAAAGGUUGGGGUGUUUUCACUCCCCGCAAUGGUGGUAAAUCUGUGUCUGCAAGAGGUCUUCUUGGACAAAACUAGUGUGUACAGGUUUACUGGGACAACUGUAAUGCACUGGUUGAUACAUUGUAAAAGUUUGUAAUAUCUUUUGAUAAACAUUGCAUUUUCCAUGUAAGGGCAGGUGUAUGCAAAUAAAUUCAUUCAGGAGUUGAGCAAUAUAA